CAAAAGGCAUUUUUCACUAAUUGUUAAUUACUGGACAAAUUUACAUAAAAUUGGAAUUGAAAAAUUACAAUAUUGUGAUAUUAACAAUUUUAUCAGGGUUUAAAGAAGCUUAACAUUUCUCAUAAAAAUGAUAAAAAUUUCAACACAAAUACAAAGGCGAAGACACGAGGUGUAGUGUCAAGCGUAGUGUUAACAUUGAUUUACACAUAAUUUUUUUUUACAUUAUUAUUCAUUUAUUUUCACAUUAAUUGAUCCGUACAUACGAAUUGUAUAUAUAUAUAUAUGAAAAGUUCGUUCAGCGGUGAAGUGAAAUUCGAGUAUGUUGGAGAAUUAAAAUUAAUUGAGUUGAAAGUCGUUCACUCAAAUGCUGGGCGACGCCAUUAUUCCGCGCCCGGAGAGGGGUACCUACCUAUUGCUUGGAAAUAAACACUAAACGGGUUCGUUCUUUUGAAUACUCAGAAAUAUUUAGAUGCAAAUAUUUGUUAUCGUAUGUGAAAUAUUCAAGCAUUUUGUGGUGUCUUAUUAAUUGAUUGGUGAUAACUUGUACACAGUGUACAUUUUAUUCACAGGUACGCUUUAUUCUCUAUAUAUCUGUAUUCAAUGUUAAUUCAUUUUUUUAUUUGUUGAAUUAAAAUUAAUUAUUCUAAAUAUACUAGGUAUAAUUUGUAUAUGAUUAUAUUAAACCAAAUUAUUGUACAUAUUGUUUUAUACAUUGUCUAGAUAAUAAUUGUACAUUUUUUUGGACAGUUUAAUUUGCAACAAAUUGACUAGAUAAAGUUCUUGUAAAAUAUAAAUUGUAUUAAUUUGCUUAUUAUUGUUUAAUUGGUAAUAAUUUGAUUUCAUGUAUUUUUUUUAAUAUUAAUAUUUUUUUUUUGAGAAUAACUUUCCCUCCAAAUUCAUAUUUUACUAUUAUUAACAGUAAAAAAUUAUAAAAAUGAGUGAAUUCCUUCUCAGUUUAAUUUUUUAUAAUAAAUUAAGACAUUUAAACUAAAUAUUAUCAGUUAGUAUUAGUUUUAUAUUCUUCAUAUUUUUAAUAGCACAAAUAACAACAAGAAAAUGACAUUUCUUGUUCUUUUCUGUCGAAAACUUAAAAUAUAUAAUAUAAAGGUAUAUUUUUGAAAAAAUUAUUAAUUUUUUCCAAAAUUUUACUUUAUAGACAAUGAAACUAAAUUUUAAUCAUUGAAUUUUGUAUUAAACAAGAUACUUACAAUUGAUCAUUACAUGUUGUUUGACAUUCAGUAUACGUUUAUAUCUUGUCUUAAAAUUCAAUAUUAAGAACAAUUUUAGUAUCUUAGUAUUUAUAUUAAUUUAUAUUAUUGUUUUUAUAGACAGUAUUUAAAUUAUUGUUCAAAAAAUACACAUAUUUAUUACAUUUUCUCAUAUCUCUAACAUGUACCUAUCAAUACUCAAUAAUUAAUAUAAUAUGUUUUCGCUUAAAUAAAAUUCUUAGUGAAUUUUAAAUUAAUUACAUAUUAGUUAGGUUGUACGUAUAUAGUCUUCUUAAGUAACUUUAGAUACUUGUAGUAAAGUGCUCGAACUCUGUUUAAAUUUUAAGUUAAAUUAUUUACUUAACUAUAGUGUAUUAAUAAUUUCUAUUUGUUUUCAGCUUUGAUGAUUUUCAUUUAUAACUUUAGAAGAAAUAUUAUCUUCAUAUUAUUAUUUUUAAACUAUACAGGUAAAUUAAAUAUACCUCUUAAGUGCAUAUAUAUAUAUAUAUAUACCCACAUAAUUUUUUUUCUAAAUAUUUUUUUCAGAUUUGUCAUUUCACCAAUAAGUAUUUGUUAAUGUUAAUGUUGGUUCAAAAAGAUGGCCAUGAAAAAUAAUUUGAAUAGCACACAUAAAGCUAGCAACUAUAAACAAGUAAAGCGACCAAACGGUAAAUACGGGCAUAUGUCAUUACAAAGUGGGAUUAAUAAAUGUGAUAUUUGUGGAAAAAAUUUUCCAAAAAAGUUAUUUGACCAUAUCAGAAAAUUCCAUUAUCAAUAUUUCUGUAUAGUUUGUAGAGCUAGAUUUAAGGUACAUAAAGAUCUAAUAUGCCAUGUAAAAGAUGUACAUCAAUUAUUGGCUUCAGAAAAUUUGAACAAAGCUCAAGAUGAAUUUAGCAAUAAAAUGAAUAAAAGAUAUUUUGCAGAACCUCCUGCUGUUUCACAACUACCAAUUUCACCAUUAACGAUUUCUCAGUUAUCAAAUAGUAGUUCUGAUGAUGAAGAAUUACUAUUGGAUAAUCCAGAUGUGAUAAAUAUAAUUAUAGGUACCAAAAAUUCUAAACAACACAAAGAAGAAACAGAAAUAACCAAUAUUGUUAAUGACAUUGUAAUAGAAGUUUUGGAAGAUUUUAAAGCUAAAGAGCUUUUUGAAAGUACAUUACAAGACUUAAGUUGUUCCGAUGGAUCUGUAACUGAUGAGUCUGAUUAUAAAACUGUAAAUAAAUUACGUUCUUCAGAAAAUGAUACUUAUUCUCAUUAUUCUAAAACUCAAAAUAAUUGUGACAAUUUUCUUUCAAGUAAUGUGUAUGAUUCUGAAAUUAAUGAAAUCAAUGAUAAAAUGUGUACUUCACACAAAUAUCCAAGUAAUGAAAACCUACAGCCAUCUCAAACUGUACACAUUGUCGACAAAGAAUUUAAACUGGGUAUUAAAAAUAUGACUACUGUUUUAUCAGAAAAAAGUCCAUGGUUAAAUGGACCAGAUACAAUGCAAAAUAUUAAUAACUCAGCAAAAAGUGAAAAUGAUCUUCUUGUUAUGGCUUUAACUCUUGAUCAUAAAUUGGUAGAUAUGAAAUUAAAUAUAAUACUAAAAGAAUGCAUUAGAACAUCAUGUUUAACUUGUGUAUAUUGUCACAAUUCUACUUGUAUUGCUGUGAAUGGUAAACAACUAGCAUUACACAUGAUUGAAAAACACCGUUUUAUGACUGUAAAAAAUGAAUCUUCUGAAGAUGUUGCUAACAUAUUAAAAUCAAAUUUAAAUAUUUUAGAAAAUGUUUAUUUAAAUUCAGAAAACUUUGACUCUACUGAUGAAUUAAGUCACACUUCAUUUAACAAUACAUUCUAUUGUUUUAAUUGUCAAUAUACAUCAACGCAAAUGAAAGAAGUAAAUUCUCAUAAGCGUAGUAUUCAUUCAAGAAAAACAUAUGAAUGUUUAAUGUGUAAAAUAACUUUUUCCAAUUAUAGUGAGCUCCAUUGCCAUUUAUGUCCUGGUACGGAACUUGGAGUUUGGCAGAAUGUGUUGUUUAGAUGUUUAUUCUGUGGUCAGAGUCAGAUUCCUUCUGCAUUCCGAUGCAUGGUUCAUUUACGAAAAGCACAUAAUGCAUGUGAUUAUUGUUUAGAAACAUUCCCAAAUCAACAAAGUUUAGCAAUACAUGUCAACAAACAUAAAAUGAGACACAUAUGUUUGAAAUGUAAUAUAACUUAUCUUAACAAAAAAGAUAUUUUUGAACAUAUGUUUUGGAAACAUAAUAGAGAUAGCAAAGAAUGUAAAUUAUGUCUUACAAAGAAAUGGCCUUACACAUAUCAUUUUUGUGUUCCACCUACAAUAUUCGCUUGUGAUGAAUGUAAAAGAACAUUUUCAAAUGCAUUAUUGUUAAGAGUACACGAAAGAUGGCACACUGGUAACAUUCCAUAUGAAUGUAGUACUUGUCAUAGCAAAUUUAUUUCAAAAAAGUUACUUAAGAAACAUGAAAUAAUUCAUAAUGAAUUAAUAUCUUCAACAAAAAAGAAAAAGAAGAAGAAGAAAAAAAAAGGUGAUGAUUAUAAUCUUCCCCCUUUAAAUCUUUCUUCUGAUAGUGACACUGAAAAAACCCCUCGUAAUAAACCAGAAAAAUAUUUAAAAUCACCAAGCCCAAGUGGGAACAACUAUUGGGAUUAUGUUAGUAAACAAAAAAAAGAAUUAGUAAAUAUUGCAUUACUGGAUCAUGACUACACUUUAUUGUCCACUAUUCAACCUGCAAUAAAAUCUCCUCAGUAUCCAGAUGAAUUGACAACUAAUGUUAAUGGUAGUGAAAAUCUAUUAAAUAAUUCUUUUAACAAUUCAUUAUGUCAAAGAUCAUCAUGUUCUUCUCACUGUAAUUCAUCAUCAUCUUUGUCAAGUUCUUGUGGUUCUAAUUGUUCAUGUUCAUCAUCGUGUUCUUCAUCAAGUGAUUCUGAUACAGGGGAAAAGAUAAAAACAAUAGUCGAAAGUCCAAAAAAACAUAAAAAAAAGAAAAAAGAAAAAAAAAUUAAGGUUCCAAGUGCCAAAAAAAUUAAAAAUUUCAAUUUAUAUGCAUUAGAAUCAGAUUUGGAAAGUGAAUUUUCAAAUACAGAUAAUGAAGAAUACUAUGAUAUUAAUCCAGUACCUUUGCAUCCUGAGGUUAAUAUGGUAUCUAAAGAUAUUUUACCAGUAAAACAAGAAAAUCUUAUUGAAAAUAAACCCGUUUCUGUUAAUAUGAACAGUACGUUAAUGCCUCAGAUAUCUCCUAUGGGACAAAAUUAUAAAUUAUCUAAACCAUUAAAUAAUCCUUAUCAAUAUACAAACAUUGAAUCUCAAUUAUUGGGAAAUAACGUGAUUGGUUUAUCUCACAAUGAAUGUAAAAUACCUGAGGAAUAUGAAAUGUAUAGAAAUAAUUAUUCAUCUACAAAUAGUUUAUCGUAUAAUGAAGAAAGUAUUGACAAUAAUUUAAAUAAAAAUUCAAUUGAAAUUUGCAAUGGAAAUAAUAAUUUACAUAGUGUACAAAAUGAUUUAAAUUUGAGUAAAUACCAUAGCCAACGAGUUGAUAAAAGACAUUAUUCAAAAAAACAUUUUAAUUCAUCAUUUACAAAAAGGCCAACAAAACGUAAAUCAAAAUUCAAGACAUCUAAAAAUAUUUCUCAACUUCCUAAAGAGAUUACAUAUACUUCUUCGCCGCUUUCAAUGAAUUCUUCUUAUUUAACAAGUACAUCAGAUUUAUCUAAAACCAGUAUGUCACCAAAUGAUACCCGCCAGUCUAAACGACAACCUAAAAAAAGAAAAUUUUUUGGUUAUGAGAGUAGUGAUGAAGAACAGAUACCAAAUGGAGAUUCAUCAUUCAUUCAUCAAUUUCCUCCUCAUCUCCCAUCUUCAAUAAAAAAACACCAAAAACGAAAGCACAAACCAGAGUCACCAAUUCAAUUUCAACCAAAAACUUCUAAAUUAACACAAUCUCAACAAACAAGACCUAUUGUGGAUGUUAGAAUUAGCAAAACUGCAGUACCAACUAUUGAUGAUGAAACAGACAGUGACAGUGAUUCUGGAAAUUUAGUUAUUGAACUUCCUAAAUUUGUAGAACAAAAAGCAGUCCAAAGUACUGAGAGAUUAUAUUGUCACUGUAGGUGCCCAUAUGAUGAAGUAUCUGAAAUGAUUGCAUGUGAUAAUCCAAAUUGUCGUGUGGAAUGGUUUCAUUUUGAUUGUGUAGGUAUUACAAUUGCUCCAAAAGGUAAUUGGUAUUGUCCAGAUUGUCGUUAAAUACAAAUAAUAUGUUAAUAUUAAUAUUAAUUAAUGACCAAUGUAUUUUAAUUUAACUAUUAAUUUGUUUGUAUAUAUUUGUUAAAUGUUUCAAAAAAAAAGUAUUGUUUGUACGUAAUAUGUUUUGGCUUUUUUCAUGUAAAGAUGCUGAAAAUGUAAACAUGUUUAAAAAUAAAGAAAUACAUGUUACAUAUUAAUUAAUAUAUUAUAUAUAUUAUUGAAGUUAAAUGUAAUUUAUACUUUUGUAUAUAUAUUUUGUAUUUAUUUAUUUUUUGUAUGAAAAUAUUCCUAAAAUAUUGAAAGAUAUUUACUAGUUUUUUUUCUUAAUAUUAAAAUUCAUAAUAUUUUAGAAUAAUACAGAUAAACAAAACAUUAUUUGUAAUGAACUAUUAUUAUUCCAAUAAUUUUAGUUUAUUAUUAUUUUUAAAAAUAUGUACAAAUACCUAAAACUCUGUAAUUUAAAUUGAUUAAAUAAGAAAUUGUUUUUAGUUAAUGAAGACCAAAAUUGUAACUAUAGACAAUUUAUUUCCUAAUAAUCAUUUCCAUGUAUUAUUAUUAUUAUUAUAAUUAUUAUUAUUAUUAUAAUUAUUAUUAUUAUUAUUAUCAUCAUUUUAGUAUUAACUUGAUUUAGAAUUACUUGUUUGAAUAAAAUACAAUUUUGUAAAUGUUAUGUGAAGAAUAACUACCAGC